UACAACUGCGUCAACCAAUAGUAAUAGCAUAGAACGUUUCCCCGAUCUCCGGUUGUUCAGUUUCAUUUCAUCGUCAUCCAUUUCAAAUUUGUUUGAUAAUGCUGUUGAUGUAUCUCUAUAAAUAUUGCACGUAAACUAAACCCCUUCCCUAAUCAGAAUCCUAAAUCCAGAAGAAAAAAUGGGUGUAGGAAUAUCGGUGUUAAUAGCACUAAAAGCAACAACACUCUUCCUAUUAUUCGCAUACCUAAGAACCCUAGGUUUCAACCUCUUAUCCAUUCCAUUCCUCUACGCUUCCUUAAUAUCCUUUUUAGUAUCAAUCGCAUCAAAUCCAUCAAUCGAUCUUCCAUUACUCCUAGGCAAAAACUCCGAUGGAUCUUUNNCUAUUAUUUCACUCAUAAUCUUCAGUCCUUAUCUUUACUUCGUUCGAAUAUUCUCCACACUUCGAAGACUCAGAAGUGGUGAACCGCCGUAUACGAAAGUUCACGACGGACUUUAUGUUGGUGGUUGGCCUUCUUCGCCGGAAAAGUUGCCGCCUGGUGAUCCUGCUAUUAUCGAUUGUACUUGUGAGUUUCCGAGGUUGAAGGGUUUUACGGGUGGGUUGCCUUAUAGGUGUGUUCCUACAUGGGAUACUAGGUCACCUCAACCUGGUGAUAUCGAAUCUGCUGUUAAAUGGGCUCGGAGGAAAAGGGAUCUCAAUAGACCCAUUUUUGUUCAUUGUGCUUAUGGUCAUGGAAGAAGUGUUGCUGUUAUGUGUGCACUGUUAGUGGCACUAGGUAUCACAGAGGAUUGGAAGAAUGCUGAAAAGCUGAUAAAACAAAAACGGCCUUACAUUCGCAUGAAUGCUCUCCAUCGCAAGGCACUUGAAGAAUGGUCUGCUCACCGGUUGUCUGGGCCAAAGAAGUAGGGGCUAUGGGUGUGGAUUCGAUGACUUAAUCUUAUUCUUUUUGUCAAUCACAGUGUAAAAUAGAUUCUCCUUGUGCGUUUAUUUUCUUAGCGUUGUUUUUUUCCAAUUAAUCUAGAACCUAUUAUCUGGUUACUAAUUGCUCUAUAGUUGGCUUCUUCUGCUCGAACAUGCUAGUGGAAACUGAUGCAAUGGGAUGCUCAUGUUAUGAAAAACUGGAACACCAGUGGAGACUAUUUCACUGUGCAUGGAUAAUUAUAAAAAGUGUAGUUUGUUACCAAGUUAUGAUGUGUCAAUUGUUAAACUGUCUGACUCAAAGCUUAAGUUGUUCAUAGCAUAAGAUUUAGUUAUAUUUGUUCCGAAAUUGCUUAUGACACAAUAGAAAGACGAUUGCAGGGCUGCAUAAUAGAGUAACUUCUCUUGUUGUAAAUUGUGAUACUUUUGCAUGAUAGUCUGAAUGUUCCAAAGAUCUUAGUUGUGAUUCUGUAACUCAUGUGUAACUGUAGUGAUUACUGUUGUUGUGAUUCUGUAA